UAUAUCAGCCGGAAAGGCUUUGUUUCAAGCACACUAGCAAGGACGCACCUCGGACGGCGUUCAGCAUUGCAUCAACGUUCCUAUACCUCUGCCUCGGCCGAGAGACGCUCUAUGCUCUAUGUUCGCGCACUCGUACCAUCCAUCGCAAGCACGAAGACCGCUCAAGUUGUUAAUGCAUCUGUCGCCAUCUCUCGCGCAGUGCGCCCCAUGACACACUGCGCAGCCGUACUGAUCUGCAUCAACCCUCUAGCUGUUGCGGUGGGAAGAGCAGAAGCGUGCUGUGUGAUCGGCUGUUCGUGCAUCUCGCUGACGGGCGUUCAUCAUGGUGUUCGACCAUCGCGGCGCGAAGUGGCUGCGUUGCGGCGUUCUCAUGAGGCGAGGUAUGAUAAGCUGGAGUUUUUGUGCCAAUCCUUAUGGGCUGUCUCGAAGCGUUCGCCUUCGACACUUUCUACCUGAUCUCUCCUAGCCGCCAACACAUGUGCCUCGUCUCCUCGGCGGCCGACGCCGCACUUCACGAUACCCAUGAUAUAUCCGUUCACCUCUGUGGUCCAACGAGCAUCUGACAACGCGCCGUCA